AUGAUGGAUGAUACGAAGAACAAGAACACGAAGCCGGGCAAUCAAGCCUGGAGAAAAAAGCCUCGCAAGUUUUCUUCAAAGUCAAAACUAGGUUGUAAGACUUGCAAGAUACGACGCAUUAAAUGCGAUCAAUCUCGACCUUCAUGCGUGAAAUGCGUUUCUACCGGUCGCACCUGCGAUGGCUAUAGUGAAAUGCCUCUCGCAUUCAGGGUCGAGAAGCCCGAGGUUGAAUCAACUCAUCCUCACAAGGAGAUCAACAGAGCAGAUAGCAGCGACAGUUGCUACUCCUGUACCACGAUUAGUGCGCACGAGUCAGAGCAAUGGCACUCAAAAUCCAAUGGCCUCACUUCCCAGAACCUUGGAUCUCUUAUGAUCUUACCAGUGACUGGGACACAGGCAGACAUAAUGUGCUUCUUCCAAGAUAUAUCCAUCAAGCACCUAAAUGAAUACCGGCCUUGUGAACUAUGGCGGCAGACUCUCAUGUUCUUUGCCCAGACAGUCCCAUCAGUGCGACAUGCUGCCAUGGCUCUGGCCUUGAUGCACCAAAUCUACCUGGAUCGUCAUUCUAACAACCAGGUGUACCUACCGGAUAAGGCUCCUUUGCUUCAUUAUAACCGCGCCAUUCAACUUCUGCUGAACCCGGAAGCUGGAGACAGCGCCGAAACAAGAGUUGUUACACUUCUGGUCUGUUAUCUCUUUACCUGCUUCGAUCAUCUGGCGGGUGACAAUGUGCAAGCACUGAAGCACCUGCGCGGAGGUGUGGCACUCUCACACAACAUUGACAGCGCUACAUUGAACAGCUGCCAUAACCAAUCCCCGGGAGUUCAUGCGAUUAUCUGCCAGGUCGCCAAGCAGAUCCGUCGUCUUGACAUGCAGGCCGGCAUGUUUCUGGUUGACUGGACUCCAGCCAACAUCCAAGACACAUUCAUGCCCUUCGACAGUACCUUUCAGUCACUCGACCAAGCUGCCGACCAUCUCCAGGUUCUCGUCGCUCAGGUAAUGAGAAUGCGCAACACCGAUCAACAAAUGUCCCUGAUGGGUACGAUGCCGCCGUUACAUUCUGCACACAAUGACAAUAUUCUCAGGCAGUUAGAAACGUGGUUGGGUCUCUUUGAAAACCUCCUGCAACAAGGCAGCCCGUCGGAGUCAGACCUUCUCGUAUCACUCCUGCGCUUACAACAUACCAUCGCAUGGAUUCUCCUCAAUGAUUAUGGACCUGGCCGAGAAAUGGAGUAUGACAAUCUCCUGCCCCUGUUCCAGCAAUGCGUCGCACUAGCGGGCGAGGUAUCCGCGGCGCAUCAGCGGUAUUCGGGAUCGUCAAAGCCGACUUUUACGCCAGAGAUCGGACUUAUCCCCAUUCUUUACAUAAUCGGGGUCAAGUGCCGGCAUCCUACUGUUCGUCGUGAGGUGUUGAGUAUUCUGCGAUGGCAAGUCAUCCGGGAGGGGGCUUGGGAUAGCAUCACUACGGCCAGGGUGGUGCAGCGGGUAAUUGAAAUUGAAGAGGCGGCGGCGGGGGAAGAGCACAUGGUACAGUGCAUGGAACAGAUUCCGAUAUGGCAGAGGGUCGAGGCAUUGUCUUAUACACAUAUCCCAAGGGGACCGUGUGAGACCGGGUUGGAGAUUACGUAUACAUUCUGUGCUCAGGAGGGAAUACACUUGGAGCUGCUCACGAUAUAA